AUGAACAAGAUUUUCUUACUGGUGAGCCUCUAUCUGCUUGGAUCGGCCAGAGGAGCAUCAGGCCAGCCUGAUGAGCCUCCUGGCUCUAUGCACCAUGAAGCUUCAGUUCAGCAAUUUUCAGGUGAGUACUCUUCACUUGGAAACCCUUCAGAUGCUGAGGCUUUAUAUGAAACUUAUUCAGGCAAGAACACUUUAAGUGAGCACGGUUCAAGUGAGCACAGUUCAAGUCAUCAUGCUAUGGUUGAGCACACUGCGGGUGAGCACACUGCGGGUGAGCACACUGCAGGUGAACAGUCUUCAGAUGAAAAGCCUUCAGGUGAGCGUACUUUGGCUGAACAGCCUUCAGGUGAACAGCCUUCAGGUGAAAAGCCUUCAGGUGAACAGGCUCUGAGUGAACAGGCUCCGGGUGAACAGGCUCCGGGUGAACAGGCUCCGGGUGAACAGCCUUCGGGUGAAAAGCCUUCAGCUGAACAGGCUUCAGGAGAACAGCCUUCAAUGGAACAGGCUUCAGGGGAACAGCCUUCAGGUGCACCAUUUUCAAGCACAUCUUCAGGCACAAUAUUAAAUUGCCACACAUGUGCUUAUAUGAAUGAUCAAGGAAAAUGUCUUCGUGGAGAGGGAGUCUGCACCACUGAGAAUUCCCAGCAAUGCAUGUUAAAGAAGAUCUUUGAAGGUGGAAAACUCCAGUUCAUGGUUCAGGGGUGUGAGAACAUGUGCCCAUCUAUGAACCUCUUUUCCCAUGGAACCAGGAUGCAAAUUAUCUGCUGUAAAAACCAACCUUUCUGCAACAAUGUCUAG